AUGUAUUUAUUUUUGGCAAAAAGUGAUUUGUUAAAAAAUAUUUUUACUCUCGUUACAUUUGGCGGUGGCCUCAUGGCUACAACCUUAUCAGAUGGUAGCAACUACAAGCGCGUUUUUGGUUGUAACAGUGGAAGCGUGUGUGGAGAUGGUGCUGACUCUUUCGAUAUUUUCCACCUGGGGAUGUAUGAUCCGUGUAGGGCAUUGCUUACAUGUUCCUGGCUGUGUUCCAAUUCGAGUACCGAUUGCCGAGGAUUCGAUAUCCGAUUCGAUACCGGCAAAUGCGACUCACUGAGCUUGUCCAUUGACGGAAAGUUGAACGGAAAGUUCUCUGGCAUUUAUUCCGAAUAUAAAGCAGAGGUCGCAUUAUCCAAUCGCGUCAUAGCUGUUUUGAUUUCCAACUUUUUCGACAUGCCGAAAAUCUGCGGUAGAGUCAGCCCCUUCGCAAUCAUUCCCGACCGAACUUGGAGACGUACCAGCGAAAGUUUCAAAAACUGGAUGGACUUAACUUGUGCUAGAAAAGAGCAAGAGCUGAGGGGCAAGUUGGUCAAGAGCUACCGACAUAACCAUAUAUAA